AUGGACGUCGAAAGCCGUAUCGAAUUACCAGAUGGACAUCUUGUCAACCUCUCGCCACGGAACCAUCGUCAAACAGGCCAAUGUCAACAACAAUACCAAGCAUAUCGAGCAAACUAUACCGUCACAGAAUUAUCGGCAACUCCCUCCUCACAAAGCACCCAUCGACCCCGGCCAUCUGAGCCUGGAGGUGCUCGAAGCCCACCAGAAAUCAUGAUCCACCGAUCAAAAGCAACCAAACUCCCGGCCUCCAAGACCUUGACUGAACGAGCUCGGGAUCAGCGCAAUCAGACUCCUAGUCCUACCGGUAUUCCCAAGCUAUCCUCUGCCAUCUUCUCUUCAGGGGGAUCUGGUGGGCAUUCUGGGGGACGGGACCAGUACUGGUCAAAGCUCUGUGACAGAUCCGAGAGAGACUCUCCAUUAUCACACCGAGCUUCUUACGUACGAUCCAGAAAGAGUGAUCAAAAUAGCUCUCCGAGUCAUGGCCACUCUCGUCCUCAAAGCCAACAUUUCCCCCAGGACCAACCGACUGGCCGCGGGAGCAGCCCCAGAUCAGGCAUUCCGAGCCCAAAUUCCCAUCAAACUAGCGGUGUCCAAAGCUCUCGUCAGGAGAUACCUCGCAAUCCGGAGAGCCAGAGAAAAGUUGGAAAGAACGGAGACUCCUGGGUCAGCCUAGAGCUCAACGACAAUACUGCGCACCGAUCUGAUCGAACAGACACGGCAACCGACUCCAGUUCCCAUUCAAAUUCUUCCAUCUCUCCGGUGUCCGCUGAGGAAAGCCUGACAGACUGGGAGGAUAGAUUCGUUGUCAAUAUGCCGAGCGCAAAGGAUCCCAAUCCACCCACAAUGACUGCUCAGCAAAUUGCCGAAUAUCAGAAAAGCAUCGAGAAAGCUCGCCGCGAGGGCAGACAUACCAUAGAACCACCAGCAGGACAGAGUCCGCGAAUUGGAUCACCUGCAGGAGCACGACGCCGUUCCCCACCAAGGGACGAUUCGAUUGGCUCUUUUAGAGCAUACGACGGCGGUUCAACACAGCCUCUAUCGGAUACAGAUCAUUCUUCGGCCCAGCCACAGCAAGAUAACCCGGCUGAGCAAUCUCAACAGCAGCGGUCUCUAAAGCCGCAGCAGGAUUAUUACAGUCCUGACGAGAUUGGAAAGAAUCGGAUCAGCACAAUCUGGGAGGAAUCCCCAACAAAGCAGCGAGAAAAACGUCCCUCUCAAGCCGCAGAUGGUUCUUUUUUAGGUUGCAAGGAAAUCAACGGGCCAGGAACCAAAAAUCCAGACGAGAUUCUCCUCUUCGGAUCUGGCGAAGACUCCGGAAGCCUGCACCCCCGGCCACUCGCAGUCGGUGGGAGAAAGAGGCAGAAGGAGGAGAGGAAGAAGAGUUCAGGCGGGCAUUCGGUUCCUCGCAGAUCGGGAGACAGGAGCCUGUUUCAAGAAGAGUGGGCAGAGGUUUCUCGGAAUUCGAAACAUGUCCCAUGCUCGAAGCGGUCGGUAGUGACACUGUGCCAGGACCCUCGCUAUUCGGAGCACGAGAUACCGAGAACAGGCUCUCAGGGCUCGGAGAAGGAGAACUCCCGCCCUAUCGAGAAUCCAUCUCGGUCGAAAGAGAGGCUGGAAGACACUCGUGGCGACGACGAUGUGUUCAUUAUCAUACCCACUAUCACACGCACUAUGAUUCCCAUGGCCGAGAAGAGGCAACCCGAGAAGAAGCCUUCAACGCCAAAGCCACAAGGUCUGCGACGACCUGGGGACACUGGCCAAUCCGGCACCGGCGAGGCAGUCAAGGCCAUUCGCGCGAAACCUCAGGUCAUCUCUUCACCUUCAGGGCUUCGACCCGCAGCAGGACCGUUGCAGCCGAGCUCGAUCAUGCCAUCCGAGGUGUCAUCAAAAGUCACACAGCCCAGCGGCAUUCCAACACCCAAGGAGGCACCCAGCAUAGUGAAAGGCAUGAAAGAGCCGAAAUAUGCCAAGGAAUCCAAGGGCACGCCUCCCAGAAAAUCGUCCCCCGGAAAGGAGAAAAACGAAGUCGAUCGAAGCACAGCGUCCAGCUCUAUCCGUGGGUUCAUCCGUACCUCCGGGCUCGCAAGGUCAGGCGGACUCGUCAGAUCUCCCACCGACAGCCUAGCUACCAUUCUUCGAAACGGCACUGAGUCUUUGCGAAAUCGUGCCGAGUCCCUUCGCAAUAGCCGCAAGGGCUCGCCCAUUUCUCUUCCGUCGCGAGACAAUUCAGACUCGUCCCGCUCGGAGAAGUCUUUCAAGUCAGCCAAAGAGUCCCCGAGAGCAACCCCACCACCGUCUGUGCGGCCCUCUCCAAAGAGAAACUCUCCCACUUCCAAGUUGUCGUCGGCUGAAAGACCUCCUGCUGAAAGGAAACCUUCAUUUGAGAAAUCCCCUCCGAGACCUGUUGUCAACAAAGCAGUUUCAACGGAGAACCCACCAGCUGUGGAGAAAUCGCCGCCUGGGAAGCUGUCCCGUGCUGAGCGGCUGGAGAAAUUCAAAGAAGAGGCUCGCAUUCGUCGGGCUAAUAAGAUGGCUAGUGAGAAAGUGGUUGAUGUCGAUAUUGUUGGGAUCGCAGAGUUAGACGGUCACCAAGUUACUGGCCGUAAGAACAAACUCCAAUCUAAUAUCACAGACGUAAACGACGUCUGCGAAGAUUUGCAUGAGCUGAAUGCGAGAGAAAAGGACGACUAUUCGAGAGAGAACAUCAACCCCGUCGCUUUGUCGAUGAUCUUCGAGAUCGUCGUUGUCGCCGUUACGAAUAUGCACCGACUUACGCUGCAAGUUACCGACAGCCCGUACGCCAAAUUUGUCGCGAGCAACGUUGUGAGCAUGGUUCGUCACUGCUACCAAGUCUUCACCCGGGUCAUUCAUGCAGUUGCACAGUAUCAAGCCACUGGGACUUGGCCCAAGUUGAAGGACGACAAAGCAAUCAGCCGCUUUUUGGUGGAGCUCCUCCAGGCUGUUGUUUAUCUUGCGAUUCUCGGCUUCAGCGCAAUGAUCGUCUACCGGGCCGCUAGUUACGCUUUGCUUGUUGCAAGCUGGUUCUUGUGGCUUGCCAGGCCAUUUACUUGGGUCUUUAAUUGUACUACUCGUGCUCUCAUCAUGUGA